AAGAGCCCUAAAAAGUUUUUGGAGUUUAGGGUUCUUGCUUCUUGCAGCUAUGGCGCUGAUGCAGCCGUCGUAUGGGAUCCAGUCCAUGCUCAAGGAUGGCCACCGCAUCUUCUCCGGCCUCGAGGAAGCGGUGCUCAAGAAUGUGGAUGCCUGCAAGCAGCUGUCGCAGAUCACUCGGACGUCCCUCGGCCCCAACGGCAUGAACAAGAUGGUGAUCAAUCACCUGGACAAGCUGUUUGUGACGAAUGACGCGGGGACCAUCAUCGGUGAGCUAGAAGUCCAGCAUCCCGCGGCGAAGCUGCUGGUCCUCGCGAGCAAAGCGCAGCAGGAGGAGAUCGGAGACGGCGCUAAUCUGGUGGUGACAUUUGCGGGAGAGAUCUUGCAAGGCGCCGAGGAGCUCAUUCGCAUUGGCUUGCAUCCCAGUGAGAUCGUCGGAGGCUACACGAAAGCCAGCCAGAAGGCACUGGAGAUCAUCGAACAGCUUGCCGAGCCCGGGUCGGAGACUAUGGAUUGUCGCAACAAAGAGCAAGUUGUUUUGAGGAUGAAAGCCGCUGUUGCCAGUAAACAGUAUGGCCAGGAGGAUUUUCUGUGUCCUCUUAUUGCUGAGGCUUGCAUUCAGGUUUGCCCCAGGAAUCCAGAGAAUUUCAAUGUCGAUAAUGUUCGAGUUGCGAAGCUGCUUGGCGGUGGUCUUCGGGAUUCUUGUGUCGUAAGGGGCAUGGUGUUGAAGGUCGAGCCUCUUGGGACUGUGAAAAGUGCGACCAAAGCGAAGAUUGCUGUUUUUGGAGGGGGUGUCGACACUUCAGCUACCGAAACCAAAGGAACAGUUCUCAUUCAUUCCGCUGAGCAGCUUGAGAACUACGCCAAGGGCGAAGAAGCCAAGAUCGAAGAGCUCAUUAAAAGUGUAGCAGAGUCUGGUGCUAAAGUUAUUGUUAGCGGUGGUGCUGUCGGUGAAAUGGCGCAGCAUUUUUGUGAUCGAUAUGGCCUUAUGGUUAUAAAAAUCAUCUCCAAGUUUGAGUUGCGACGGUUCUGUAGGACUACUGGUUCCGUGUCGCUGGUUAAGCUGUCGAGGCCAAGAUUUGACGAACUGGGUUACGUCGAUAAUAUAACAUCUGAAGAAAUUGGUGGCGCGAGAGUGGUCGUAGUGAGGAAUGAAUCGGGCGGAAAUUCGAUUUCAACUCUCGUAAUUCGAGGAAGCACCGACAGUGUUUUGGACGAUGUAGAGCGUGCAGUUGACGAUGGCGUGAAUUGCUACAAGGCUAUGUGCAAGGAUAGCCGUACAGUUCCUGGUGCGGGUGCAACGGAGAUUGAGUUAGCCAAACAGUUAAAUGACAUUGCUUCCAAGGAGACAGGCUUGGACCAGUACGCGAUAAGAAAGUUUGCUCAGAGCUUCGAAGUUGUGCCUCGAACUCUGGCUGAAAAUGCGGGUCUAAACUCUACUGAUGUGAUCUCGGCUCUCUACGCUGCGCAUGCGGGUGGAAAUCCCAAGAUAGGCGUCGAUAUUGAGCAGGGAUUGUCCGCGCCAGUGGAGACGAGGGAUCUGCUUGUAACAAAGUACUGGGCGAUUAAGUUGGCAUCGAGAGCCGCCACUACCGUGCUCAAGAUAGAUCAGAUUAUCAUGGCCAAACCGGCUGGAGGCCCAAAGAAGAAUCCCGGAGCAGAUGGUGGUGACGAAGACUAGGUAGAUUUGCUAACAGUAAGCUGUAUCUUUGUAGCGUGUGCUGCAUUUUGGGCAGGAUUUUUAGUAGAGAGGCUCGCGAAGAGCAGCUGACGAGAAAAGUGCACAGUUUUGGAUAGUAAGCUUUCUUUGAAUAGACAGAAAAAGGGAUGUCUGCGUAGGAUUGCGGCAUAAAGUAUUUAACCAGCUUGCGAUCCAAUACAGCAUAACCACAAUCCAUUAUUUCAUCA